AAGCACUCGUGUGACUAUGAUUAUUGAAAGUGAAAGUAGAGAAAGGCGCGUACGACAAAGUUGAAAUUGGUUUAUUGGACAGUUACCCACAGAUAAGGUCAGUUAGCAAGUGCCUGUUGUGAAAAUGAAACUCUCAGUGUAUAACUCCAUAAUAGAAAUUAUGCACACACAUAACACAAGGGAUUGCUUACCGUUGAUCGUAGAAAAAUUCCCAGAAUUUUCCUUAUCUACGAUUGGAAGUAUAUACGCUCAAGAUUUUCAAAAGAAAAUGAGAAAAACACAUCAUAUUCAUUAUAAUCCAGCAAGAAUGGAGCUAUAUUAUGAACACUAUCUGAGGGGGAUAAACAACAAAGAACGACAUGUGUUGUUUAAGUUAGCUGAUGAGGUGGAGUUGUCACCUGCUUUGUUAGCAAGAAUGAUACUCGAACGGCAUUUGUCAUCAACCAAGUACGAAGGAGAUGCCCCACCAAAGAGUUAUGUUACUAAAUUAAUGAAAGACACUUCACUCAUAAAGGACCCAUUGCUGGCUUCUGAAAUCCAUGAGUGUCUUGUCUGUGACGAUCACUAUGGACCACAUGUUGACAAUAUCAAACAAUCCAUUGGAAAUGAGUAUGAGUUUAAACUUAACAGAAUUUUGGAUUCUUUGAAUUUAGCAUAUAUUGGUGAGGAUCAAAUGAGAACUAGAGGUUUUGAUAAGACCCCUGAUGUUAAAUUAGAAGUUCCUUUCAGUGUAGAUGGUCAUGUGAUUAACUGGAUAGAGAGCAAAGCCUCCUUUGGUGAUGAAUACAGUCAUAAGGGCUAUCUCAAGGACCAGUUCUGGAGUUACUGGAAUAGGUUUGGACCAGGAAUGGUCAUAUAUUGGUUUGGUUUUAUUGAUGAACUUGACACAGACAGAGAAAAAGGAAUUAUUUUGAGUGAUAAAUUUCCAGAUAAUAUUGUCAGAAUGAAUCCCAUAAUGAAAAAAUGAUUAUUGUGUGACUUGACGAAUUGUCAAUGUUUUUCUG